UCUGUUUUCUAUGGUUGAACAGAAAUAAAGGGAAAAUCCCUCGCACUUUUCCUCGAUUGUCUUCGACAACGGUGUUUGUUAGUGUUCUGUUUUUGCUCUAAUCUAAUUACGUGCCCUGGUGCGGGGGAUCUGCCGCAGUGUUUUCGGGUUCGUCGUUGCUGUGGUGUCUUUUUCAACUCGGUCGAGUCGAGCUUGAUCCUCCUGUCCUGUCGUCGGUCGUGCGGGUUUCGACGAUUUGCGCUGACUGGUUGUGGAAGCGGGAGAGGAGGAGGAGGACGAGGCGCAGAGAAACUGGCUGCCGUCGUUCCGUGUUGGUGUGUAGUGGUGCUGUUUGGUGUCUGGUUGGCAAGAAUCUAGAAGAACAGGCGGCGACUGAAUGGGAAUGGACAGUGGCAGCUAACAAGAAGCGAAGCGACGUCAAAGCAAAGCAAAGACGAUGAUGGUGCAAGGUGUGUGAGUGUGCGGCGCGACGACGGUGAGACACCAGAAGAAAGAAGUCAAAGCCUACUUACUUACUAAGCAGGGCACCUCGAGCCUCGAGGGAAAGGUCUGGACGUGAAAAGUAGUCGUCACCAGCCAGCGCAGCAGUGAAAGAGUGUGCUGUCCAGUUUGGGAAAGGGAAAAAUCGAAUCGAAUUGAACUGCGAUAACAGCGCAGAGAAAAAGUGGGCAGUGAGAAUCGACGAAAGAAGCAAGUUUCGCUACUCUUUUGGGUUGUUGUGUUCGUGUGUAUUGUGCGGCCCCUGUUCCGGAGGUGUUCUGGCUGUGGUGACCGCGCCGCGCUGUCGUGGAAGUUUGGCUGGCAUGGUUUGCGCCGAGAAUAAGAAGAAGGGUCGCGAAAUUCCGGUGCGCUAAUUGAAUGGAAGACGGCUUUGAUCGCCGCGCCUACUGCUGCGACGAGCAAGAUCAAUAGUGAUCGAUAGGGUGGUGGAGUGAGAGAGAGUGGGUGGAAACUAGUGUAACAUAAGAAGAAGAAUAGGAAGCACACGAUGUUGAGGUUCCUGAGUAGGCGGAAGACCCGCAAUGUGCCGGGAACCGAUGCCGCAGACAGCCAGAUCAAAUCGCAGCGGAUCCCGACGAACAAGAACCUGGUGCCCUGUCGGGUCAUACUGCUGGACAACACGGAUCUGUCCGUGGAUUUAUCGAAAAAAGCCCUGGCGAGUGAUUUGUACGAGCAAGUUUUCUAUUCGCUGGACCUGAUCGAGAAGGAUUACUUUGGGCUGCAGUACACCGAUGCCAACAAUGUCAAACACUGGCUGGACCCGACGAAGGCGAUCAAAAAACAAGUCAAAAUCGGUCCUCCCUAUACCCUUCGGCUAAAGGUGAAGUUCUACUCCUCCGAACCGAACACGCUCCGGGAGGAGCUCACAAGGUAUCAGUUCUUUCUCCAGCUGAAGCAGGAUCUCCUCGAGGGCCGGUUGGAGUGCCCGGACCCACAGGCAGCCGAACUGGCUGCCUUAGCCCUACAAUCUGAACUGGGUGACUUUGACGAGACGGUCCACUCGGCCGUCACCGUGUCCGAGUUUCGAUUCGUGCCGAACCAAACCGAAGAGCUGGAACUGUCGAUACUGGAGGAGUACCGGAAGUGCAACGGCCUGACGCCGGCCCAGGCCGAAACCAGCUUUCUCAACAAGGUCAAAUGGCUGGACAUGUACGGUGUGGAUAUGCACACGGUUCUGGGCAAAGAUGGCUGCGAGUACCACCUAGGGUUAACCCCCACCGGUAUCCUCGUGUUCGAGGGCAUCCAAAAGAUAGGCCUCUUCUUCUGGCCCAAGAUCGGUAAGUUGGAUUUCAAGAAGAAAAAACUAACCCUGGUCGUGGUGGAGGACGACGACCACGGCCGGGAACAGGAGCACACGUUCGUCUUUCGGUUGCACAACGAGAAGGCCUGCAAGCACCUGUGGAAGUGUGCCAUCGAGCAUCAUGCCUUCUUCCGGUUGCGCGCCCCGGUCAAGGGACCCUCCGCCAGGCAGAACUUUUUUCGGAUGGGCUCUCGCUUCCGGUACUCGGGCAAAACGGAGUUCCAAACCACACAGCAGAACCGAGCCCGGCGGACGGUGCAGUUCGAGCGGAGACCCUCGCAACGUUUCGCACGGCGACAGUCACACGUCCUUCGCGAGCGGCAGAAGCAAGUCCAGCCCGAUCAGCAACCGGAGCAGCCCGCCACACCCGCACCCCCACCACCACUACUGUGCACCGCUGAUGAUGCCCAGCACUCCACCUCGGGAACAUCGACUCCAUCUGCGAACACGGUGAUCCACAAUCACAUCUCGGCAUCGGCCAGCAGUACGUCGGACAUCGGGCUGCACGUGGUCAACGGAAACCUUCCCUCGCUCAGUUCCAACAAGUCAAUCUCAUCGAGCGAGGAUGUCACCUUUGGGAAGUUGGGAUCCUUCGGGAAGGCCGGAAUCUCGUAUAAGCCUGAGGAGCCCCUCGGUAAGCUGAUCGAUCACGACAAUCCGUUCUUCCGGACGGCGGGUCACCACCAUGGCGGCUCGUUCGGCAAGGCCUCCAUCAGUUCCGGCUUCAGCAUCAAAACCACCUCGUCCGAUCGGGACAGCCACAUCGACACGCUGAUGAAGACGAUCGCCAAGGAUCCGUCCCCGUCGCUGCACGGCGUAGAACUGAACGAUGCUAGUAGCUUUAAGAUCACCAUCAACAAGACUUCCGAGCUGGAGACGAACAACGACACGCUGAAGAAGCUAGCCACCGGCAGUAGUGCAACCCCCGAGAAGCCAAACAAUCAGAUCAAGCUGUCGAAUGCUGCUGUGACGCCGCUUCCACCCGGGCAAAUCAAGUGUAAUAUUCUCAAAGCACGCGUCGAAGAGGAACUUCAUCCGAAGUUGACCAACCACCAGCUGUACGUGCCGGCGCUGAACGACGGUCCAGAUUCUCUGACUGCGGCGACAUUUGUGUCGGUGGGAGGUGAUAAGCUAACCUUGAACCUAACCGGGACAACAACACCUACCGUCAGUGGCCACACAACGGUAACCUCGAUGCUAUCCAGCUCCACUGCGGUCACUCCGACCUCGCCGACGCAAUCGCUGAAGAGCUUCCUCACGCCGCUGACACCACCACCCUCGCUAAUAUCCAACACCAGCACCACUGCCGUCCACAACAGUCUUCCGGACCAGGGAACUUCCCUGCUACUGAACGGUCUCGCUUCCCCGUCGGACAACGUAACCGUCACGCACUUCUCUGAACAAAAGGGCGGAAUCGUCGAGAAAAUCAGCGUCCCUGCCCUUUCCUCCAUCUCAACAAGUCCUGCCGUCGAGAAAAUAUCCAACAACAACCCCUUCCUCAACAUGUCCCAUCCAUCUUCUCCGACUGUCCCAAUUACGCCCAGCAAGUCCUCCACCAACCCUUUCCACAAUAUCUCCACCUCCUCGAACAGUUCCGGAACGUCGGACGCGGGCCUAAACUCCGCAGAAACCGCCAGCAUCCCCACCUCCCCCAUCCAACAAACCCCGGAGUUCAAGAGUAGCAACCCCUUCAAGGACUCCACCACUCUGAACAGCAGCAGCAUCUCCCGAGCCCGAAGCAAGAGUCCAGCCGCGGCAGGCAAAUCUGCCGUCAGUAGUAGCAGUAGAAGCAACAGCGGCGGCAGUCGAGGUACUUCCCCGAUCAGCAACGGGCACCUGACACCGGUCACGGUGAUCAGCACGGAACCGCUACUCAAGAGGAACCUCAGCUUGCGAAGACCGAUGGCGGAAGCACUGAAGGCAGCGGUGGUGGUGUCCGGUUUAACGGCGUCGACAACGACGGCAACGACUUCGCCGAAUUCGCCCUCGGCGGAUGCCACGGAUACGGGUGCUUCCGAGGCAGUGUCUGCCGCACAGCUCAACGGAAUCGCCGCGGAGAAUAACGGAAAGAGCAAACCGACGACCAAGGAAGCCCUGAAGGAGAACAUCAAACCGCACUCGAUGGACAUCUCGCCGUGGCUGGUCUCCUCGGAUGUCGUGACCGGUUCGACAAAGGCCAAGGAGGCCACCAUCAUCCGGAAGUCGGUCAUCACCACGCAGCUGUAAUCGAUGAUGACUUUUGUUUUCUUCGUUCGUUCGUUUCGUUUAGUGUAUAAAAUAACACCUAUUAUGUCGUAAGAAAAGGAUGAGAAACUGUCGUUAGCAUGUUUGGCACUGGAUUACUAGGAAAUCAGCUAGUAAUUCUGUGGUUCGGUUUUUCUUUUCAAGUACCGCAUAAGUUGUUUGUUGUUAGACGUUGGUGUCGACGCGAAGUGCAUAUGUGACUAUAGUUUUUGUUGAUGGGAUGAAAAUUCAUUCUUGAUUUUAGCAUUUUAGCCAACAACGGUAUUUAGUCGUUUCUUCUGCAAACUAAAUGGAUUUUAAGAAAGCUUUGCUAUAGA